CUCGUCGACGAUGCCCUAACGAUGGGAACGCGGUCCUGGGAUGUCACUGUGGCUCGACUGCUUGGCCUCGUUAUGUAGACUGCACUAGCAAGUCGCACUGGAGACUUCCGCCAGUCGGAAGAAUGGGUGGGACACAAAGAUGUUUACAUGACUUGGGACCACAUCAAGAUCGUCGCUACCGGUGACCCCGCUGAAGAUCCCCAACUCGCCGCCGUGAUUUCCCUCGUCUACCGCAAGGGCUUCAAGAAAAACGCCAAAGGCACCACCAGAGUCGAACUGCACCAGCUUCCUGACGCGCUCAACCUUGUCGACCCCGUUAAGCUGAUCCUUGUACACGCCCUUCGCGCUCGUGCCGUGGUCGAGACAAACUGGACAGAUCUGAUCAAUACCACUCUUCGUCGCCCCAACAAAACUGUGGUCUGGACCAAUGGAUCUUGGCCACUCUUCCCAGCCUUCGCCAAGAGCGGCACUGGCCUCGACUUCACCAAGCCGGGCAGCGCCCGCCAGCAGCUACAUACGUUGGCGAUCGCAGGAGACCUGGUUGGCCUGGUGCAGCGGCUAUGAGUUCACGACAUUCGCCGUGGCGCAGCCUCCGAUCUCGCCAGCGCCGGCCAUUUGGGCAUGCCUGGUGUCGUAGUCCAAGCGGCGCAGAUGGCG